AUGGUCGGCCUGUAUGCGGAAUUGAAGCUGGCCCCCGAGGAUCAAAUCAGACUCUUGAAGAUUCUUCCAACAAACCAGUCAAAUGCUCUUGCCUGCGAGCUCCAAGUUGUCGAUCUUCGGGAAAAACCAGAAUAUGUCGCACUCUCAUACACCUGGGGCUCACCCACUGCACUCCCCGAUGAAGAAGCUGAAGCUUUGCUAAGCAAGCCAAGCCUUACAUUACUUUGCAGGGCGAGGUCUGGCUCUACGAAUCAACCUCAUCCGCUCUGGCAUCAAAUAUUAAUCACCAAGAAUCUCCAUGCUUUCCUGCUGAGAGCACGCAACAACGACUCGUACAUCCUAAACUCAUACUGGAUAGACGCUAUCUGCAUUGACCAAGAGAACUCCGCAGAGCGAUGUCGUCAAGUACACAUGAUGGGUAGAAUCUAUCGAUCUGCCGGUAUCGUGCAUGCCUGGUUGGGCGAAGAAGACAAGGAUACCAGAAUCGCCUUUCAGUUGAUAAGAGCUUUGAUGAGCUUCUGUUAUAGAACUACAGAGCGACGAAAAAGGAUCCAGGGCUUGAUGGAUAUUACUCCAAAAUCUUUGGGCAGUGCGAGUCUGACCGCGAGACUUGGACCUUGUGCAGACGUCACCGCUUGGAUGGCAAUGGCAAAACUCUUUCAACGGAGAUACUUCACUCGAGCAUGGAUCAUCCAGGAGAUUACACUCGCUAAGAAAAUGAUGGCUAUUUGCGGGAGCCAUAGCGUGGAUUGGGGGGCUGUCACGACGGUGUCAGAGUUUCUUUCCGUCACUUCCUGGACGAGAUGGAUAUCCAACGUCACCAGCUCACGGCAAGGAAGGCACAGUGUUCCAAACCUUCUCGACGUCAAUAAAUCCUCCAAUAGUCUGCUUUAUUCUCUCAUCAGGUUCCGUCGCUUCGCCUCUGCAGAUCCCCGAGACAAGGUCUAUUCGCUCCUCAGCAUUGCAGGAGAAACUGUUUUGACGAGGAACCGCCUAAUUCCCGUCUACGGCGAGAGAUCGGUAGCGGAUACGUAUGCGCUGGCUGCCAUCCAGAUCUUGGAAGACUCUGAUGAUUUGCUCCUACUUUGUUGUGCCGAAGGCGAUAGGUUCCGCACUAUACCUUCCUUACCCACCUGGGUCCCAGAUUGGAGUUGCGCUCGGGCUCUUGGACUAGGUAUCACCGGCUAUAAGAGAUUUGCAGCCGCAGGUGAUCUUUCCAGAGCCUUGGAUGUCAAUGAAGAAGAUCGUCGUUUGAUCAUCAAAGGAUUUCGACUAGACGAUAUCGUUUCUAGUGGCGAGACCAAAGAGGCCAUCCUCGGUGGGAGCCCGUUUCCCAGGUUGCUUCAGAUCUUCAAUGCAAUGCCUCCUAUAUAUCACACAGGGCAGUCUCGAUCGGAAGUGCUAUGGCGAACACUAGUUACGGAUACAGCAGGUGUUCCUCCUCGCUGUCCUGCUCCCGAUAGCUACCAUUCUGCAUAUGUCUCGUGGAUCGCUUCGAAACUAUCGGCUCGUGUCGAAGAAACAGUUCAAAACAUUGAAGACCCAGCUCUCAUGAACGCUAUGGCGGAAUUCGUAGCAACCGAGAUCUCCGGUUCGUCAUCGUCUUUGGAUGUGUCAUCGGGUUCAUAUGGCAGUGCUUCCUCAGAGACACAAGACGGUUAUGUUGACUAUGACGAGUGUGAGACAACGUUUUCGCAUGCUCUUCAUCUUCGACCGUUUCUCACGGGCAGACGCUAUCUUGGAGUGGGCUCUGAGUCUCUUCUUGAACAAGAUUCGAUAUGGAUCGUUCCUGGGUGUCGCGUGCCUUUGAUUCUCCGAGAGAUCGAUCCUCACACUUUCCAGGUUGUCGGGGGUGCCUAUGUGCACGGCUUUAUGCAAGGUGAAGCCCUGUUGUCUGGUCCCAUAUUCAGAAACAUCACGCUAGUGUGA